AUGAGCCACCUCCUCUGCCCGCAGCUGCCAACCCUGGCUGCCUCACCCCUGCUCUACCUGUACGGCUCUGAGCAGCCUGGGCUGCCACUGGCUUUCGCCCCCGCAGCCGCCCUGGCCGCCUCGGGCCGGGCCGAGCCCCCCCAGAAGCCGCCCUACAGCUACAUCGCGCUCAUCGCCAUGGCCAUUCAGGACGCGCCCGAGCAGCGGGUUACGCUCAAUGGCAUCUACCAGUUCAUCAUGGACCGCUUCCCCUUCUAUCACGACAACCGGCAGGGCUGGCAGAACAGCAUCCGCCACAACCUCUCUCUCAACGACUGCUUCGUCAAGGUGCCGCGCGAGAAGGGGAGGCCUGGCAAGGGCAGUUACUGGACGCUGGACCCCCGCUGCCUGGACAUGUUUGAGAACGGCAACUACCGGCGCCGCAAGAGGAAGCCCAAGCCGGGCCCUGGGGUGCCCGAGUCCAAGCGGGCCAGAGCAGAGACGCAGCCCGAGGCGGAGGGCGAAGGAGCAUCCCUUUGCCCCGGGACCCCCCGCCCUGAGGACGGAGCGCCCGCGCGCCCCUCGCCGUCCCCUGACGGACCCUCUCUGCGGGCUCCCAUCCCCUGGCCGGGGCCGGGGUCCCAGGACGAGUACGCGCGCGACGCUGUCCAGGGCGCAGCAAGCGCGGCUGUCGGCCAGCCAGGGCGCAAGGCGGAGAGCCCCGGGUGCCCUCCGCGCCCCGCCUCCCGAAGCUCUCCGAAAGGCGCAGACAAGGCCAAGAGUUUCAGCAUAGACAGCAUCCUCGCGGGGAGGCCGAGCCCGGAGCCCGCAGCGAGGGUCGAGCUCCCGGGGGGCGCCAAGCCAGGCCCCGGCGGCGGAGUGGGCGCGUCGCUGCUAGACAGCUCCGCCGGCCUCCGCCCGCCGUUCAACGCUUCCCUGAUGCUCGACCCGCACGUGCAGGGCGGUUUUUACCAGCUCGGAAUCCCCUUCCUCUCCUAUUUCCCCCUGCAGCUCUCGGACACGGUGUUUCACUUCCAGUAA